UUGAAUUGAAUUGAAGUUGUGGAUUUGAGACUGAAGAGAGAGAGAGAGAGAUAAUGGAAGGAAGAAGAAUAUCAGCAAGAUAUAGCAGCAGAAGAAUAGUUGCAAGCAAAGGUGGAAGAAGAAGAAGAGCUUCCAGCAAUGGCAGUGUUAACCAUAACAGCAUCGUCAAGAAGCUCCAAUCCCGCGAGAUUUGUCCCAAGCCCCACCGUGCAUUCGCAACAACCACUGCACACCAGAGAUUCAGCACCAUGCGCUUGGUUCAAGAGUAUGACACUCAUGAUCGUAAACCUUCUUCUACCAAUUCUUCUUCUUCUUCUUCUCCUUCUUCCAUUUUGCCCUUCUUCAUGAAAAGAAGCAAGCUUGUUGAGAUCGUUGCUGCUAAGAACUUGGUCUUUGCGCUUUGCCAUUCUGGUCUUUGUGCUGCUUUUAGUAGAGAUACAAAUGAAAGGGUUUGCUUUUUGAAUGUGUCCCCUGAUGAAGUAAUUCGAAGUCUCUUCUAUAAUAAGAACAAUGACUCACUUAUUACAGUGUCCGUUUAUGCUUCCGAAAACUUCAGCUCCUUAAAAUGCAGAUCCACUGGGAUUGAAUACAUACGAAGGGGUAGGCCAGAUGAUGGGUUUCCUCUCUUUGAGUCCGAGUCCUUGAAAUGGCCCGGUUUUGUAGAGUUUGACGAUGUUAACGGAAAGGUCCUAACUUACUCUGCACAGGAUAGUGUAUACAAGGUCUUUGAUCUUAAAAACUAUACAUUGUUAUACUCCAUCUCAGAUAGGCAUGUUCAAGAAAUCAAGAUCAGCCCUGGUAUCAUGUUAUUAAUUUUCAAUAGAUCCAGCGGCCAUAUUCCCCUUCAGAUUCUGUCCAUCGAAGAUGGCACAGUCCUCAAAUCAUUCAAUCACCUACUUCAUCGGAAUAAAAAGGUGGAUUUCAUAGAGCAAUUCAAUGAAAAGCUUCUGGUCAAGCAAGAAAAUGAGAACCUUCAGAUUCUUGACGUUCGAAAUGCUGAACUGACAGAGAUAAGCAGAACUGAGUUCAUGACUCCAUCAGCAUUUAUCUUCCUAUAUGAGAAUCAACUGUUCCUUACUUUCAGAAACCGAACAGUUUCUGUGUGGAACUUUCGCGGAGAACUUGUUACGUCAUUUGAGGAUCACCUGUUAUGGCAUCCUGAUUGCAAUACAAAUAACAUAUACAUAACAAGUGAUCAAGAUCUGAUCAUAUCUUAUUGCAGGGCUGAUUCCGAUGUUCAAUGGUUGGAAGGAAAUGCUGCUGGCUCCAUUAAUGUCAGCAAUAUCUUGACCGGGAAAUGUCUCGCUAAAAUUAAUGCGUCGAACAGCAGCACCAAAUCAGAUGAGUGUAGUGGAACCAGUUGCAGUUGUCGGCGCAAUCAUUCAUCUCAAAUAAGGAGCACUGUGGCGGAGGCUUUGGAGGACAUAACUGCCCUCUUUUACGAUGAAGAUCGAAAUGAGAUAUAUACCGGUAACAGACAUGGUCUCAUCCAUGUAUGGUCUAACUAAAUACAAUAUUUUCAUGUUUUCUAUGUGCCGUACAGAUCAAGGAACCCCAUGUUCCGCAUUUUGUGCUUUUGAGCUGUGAUUUGAUAGCUGGGGAAGAACACACACAGAGAGACAAAAUUUAUGUAGGAAAAUUGUACCUAUCUCCAACUUCAAGCACAUUUUUGUGUCUCUUUAUCUCUGUACCUCUGUCCAGUCCUAGCUACCGAGCUCAACGUUUAUGAUGGGAUCGUUACAGGCAAUGUACCAUUUGUUCAUGUGUUGUUAAGUAGCAAUCGGUGAUAUGCAUAGGACCAGUUGGAGUGAAUUAGUUACUUGAGUAACAAAAAAAAAAUGAUACAUAUUAUAUAUUUUUUACUUUGAUUUUAGGUUCAAAGGGUUUUGGGUGUAUAGUGCAAUGAAUAUUUUAGGUCUAUGAGACAGAUGAGACAUUGUACUUGUAUUCUAAUGAUUUCUUGGAAUUCAAAGGUGGUAACUGUGUGUGUUGAAAAGGCACAUUACAUGUGUUUUUGCCUCA